AUGGUGGAGGGUCCACUGACGUGCCCCUCGGCGGCGCCGGAAUGGGUCGCCGCCAACUUCGCGCUCCUCAACCGCCCCGAGCUCGGUCCAAAGUACGUCGCCGCCGUCAACGCCUGGUUGAGGCUCGAGGAGAAGUGGGGCUUCGACGCCAAUAAGGGCACGAAUGCGAUGGGGACCGGGGCUCGGCCUGAUCUACUGACGAGGUGGAUUCGUGGUGGUCGCGCCCCUCGCGUCAAGAAGUUGCCGGUCGUCGUCGACGUGCGUGCCUUUGAGAAGGAGUUCUGGGCGUGGUGGGCCGGGCUUCAGCCCUCUUGGCGGAAGCUGAACGCGGACGGACGUCCCUCUGAGGAUCGCGAGGUGGACGAGUCGGGCGACUGGGGUCUUUUGGGCAUGCAUGGUCAGAAUGGACUUUUGAAUGUAAUCGCGGCGCUGUGCUGGUGGGGGAUUGCGCUGGAGGGUCGCAGCAGCCGGUCAUGGGACAGGUGUCUUGACGAGGCUAUCUGGGUCUGCGAGGAACAGGUCGACGCGUUCGUGUCGGGCGCGGCUUGA